CCGUUACUUGCUUUUGAUUUGGCAUUGAAUACAAGCUUGCAAGACCGGACUCACUGUAUGUAUUCGGGAUCAAGACCUCAAGGAAACUGGAUUGGAUAUUUAGGAAAACUCAUUGGUUUGGAUAUUUUAGUUACUUGGAUAUUACUCUUUGUCUUUUGGAUAUUUGUGCCCCGUCACCCUGCUCUAUUUUAUUUGUUACACUUGUCUGUCAUCGGUAUGGACCUUUUAGUUUGUUUGAAUGUUUAUUGUAAGGCUACCGAAUUCUUGAUUAUUGACUUUGGUUUUAUGGCAGUUUAGCAGUCAAGUUUGCCUAAUUUGCAUCUCAAUACUAUAAUUAUUUCCUGUUUCAGCAGUGCUGCACCGAUUGUUCGGUUUUUUUUUUUGCUUGGACAACUAUUAGAUAUUGAGGGGCAGGAAGAAUAUUAAUGUAUACUCGCUGUCAUCAUUAAACAGACUCUUUUAUAAAGUAUUCACUGG